GGCUGGCCCUACAAGCCCUAGGCUCGACCUCUUCCUCCCUGAGACCUGCGCUGAACAUCCUGACCCGGUGAAGACAAAUUCGUGCGCUGAACGUGAAUGCGGUGCUUCUCCUCCUCCCUGAAGCGGUGCUCCUCUUCCUCCCUGACCCCGUGACGCGGUUCUCUUCCUCCUAUCAGCUAUUCAGCUUGUUCCUGCUUCAGAGAGAGUGUGUUUCUGCUUCAGAGCUUCAAAGUUCUGAAAUAGUGCUCUAAAUAGUGGUUUGGGAUUCACAAACAAGAAAAUUGCAUUUAUGCCCUUUUCUCCGUCUCCUGAGUCUCAGUCUCUAGGGUUGCUCUUCCAACUGCAAAAGCGACAUCCUGCAAUGGAACCAGAUGGUGUCGUUUCGAAGCCCUUCGCUGUCGUCGCUUGCGUUUCGAUGGCGCUGCUCUACGUGGCGGUUCUCUACGCUCCGACGUUGCUCCUCCGCCUCCCUCCGCCUUCCUCAUUCGAAGCCUACAUGAUCCGACGCUUCCUAUGCGCCGUCGUUUCGACUGUUAUCUCUCUUUCGCUUUCUGCUCUCAUUAUCCCUGUGCAAAGUAAGGAACUGCUAUACCUUUUUGGUGUUUAUGGCAUCAGAAUGGAUCAUAUUUGGCAAGCAGUGGUCUUUCCUCUUACCCUGACCUCUCUAAUGUAUGCUGGCUCGUUGUUCCUCAAGUUUCUUUUACUACUCGGCUCUUGGAGGGAACACACAAAUUCAGGCGGUGGCCUUUCCUUUGAUUCAUGUAAAUAUGCAACACGGAAGUUUGUUGCAUGGUUUUCUGCAGUGUCAACAAAUGUUAUGGCGUGGCGAAACUAUAUUGUGGCACCCCUUACCGAGGAGUUGGUGUUUAGGGCAUGCAUGAUACCUAUGCUACUGUGUGGAGGAUUUAAGCCAUAUGGUGUCAUACUUCUUUGCCCUAUUUUCUUCAGCCUGGCACAUUUAAAUCAUUUCAUGGAGAUUUAUGCCAAGCAAAACUACAGAAUAAAGAAGGCUGUUAUGGUUAUAGGUCUCCAACUUGGUUACACUGUUGUCUUUGGGUCAUAUGCAUCUUUUCUUUUCAUUCGAACUGGACAUCUUAUUGCUCCUCUGGUUGCACAUAUAUGUUGUAAUUUUAUGGGACUGCCGGUACUAUUUUCGAAGAGAAGUGCAGCAGCGAGUAUAGCAUUCAUAUUAGGACUUUUGGGCUUCUUGUGGCUUCUUUUCCCAAUAACAACCCCAGAUUUGUAUAAUGAUAGAGUAGAUAAUUGCAGUUGUUGGCAAGGUUAUUGCUCAUGGAGAGUAAGAAAUUCUUCAUCGAUGUAAAAUAUAAAAGCUGGCUGAGAGAACAAAGAAUGAAUUGUAUAAGAACAAGGUUUUCCUUGCUAGUUAUUCUCUCUUAUAUUUGUGUUAUUUUUCUUAUUCAAGCUUAAGAAAUUAUUUAUGCUUUUUCUUUGUGUUUUGCCACACGCAAUAACCUAGUGGAAAAAGGCUUUACUUACUUAACAAAGCCUUUUUUAACCGAGUGGAGUUGGCUAUACGAAUCAAAAUGUCAUUGUGUUGGGUUCAUGUUUUGAGAUGCGAACUUGUUUUAGGUUGAGUGUGGCACACCGGACAACCCUCCUUUUAGAGCAAUUGAAAUUGUCAAGUUUCUUUAGUCCCUCAUUCUCUAAAUUUCUCAAAUUCCUACAAAGGCUCUUCAUUUGUCAACCACCACAAGUCCACAACCACUUCAU